CUCUACUGGUGACCUGGGACCCAAGAGUAUCCCUCAAGUGAAUGAAUUGUCAGUGGUCAAGAUGUGCUGUCAGUGGUUGCGCAAGCUCGCUACUAAAGAAGGCUGGCUUCAACCGCAUGCCCCAGAUAUUGGAAUAUUUUUCUGGGUUAUGUACGUUAUAGGCAUUGGCUCAUACAUCGGCACGUUUGCAAUGAACAUCAAAUCACUCGUCAACUACGCUUCCAGUGAUGAGUGGUGGUAUUUCUCCAUCCUGCUCACGGCGGUGGUGCUCCCCCAAGUGCCCAUCAACCUGUUCUCGUUCUGGUGGUAUCGCAAUGACAGCGGUGAAUCCUUCGUCUCCUGGACCAACACCGCAGGACACUGCCUUCUCUUAGCAGUGCCCAUUCGCAUGGGCGAAAUAGGAAAAAUAGCGUGCGGCACCCGCAGCAAAGAAAAAGGCGCCUCCUACUACCAUCGCUUUUUCCUGGCUCAGGCGGACCUGUCGUUUUUACGGCUGGUGGCAGUGUAUGCCGGCUCAGCCUCGCAGCUCGUCGUCAAGAUCUACAAGCUGUUGAGUAACUGGACUGGCGUGGAGAGCGCGCUCUUGGAGAUGGUGUUCGGUGCGCUGGUGUUGGUGUCGCUGGCGCUGAGCACCUUCUCGAUGGGCCAGCACUGCCGCAGUCACCGUCACGACAAGCAGGAGCUCUCCUAUGCCAGCACCGUUCUGCAGGUCCUCUACAGGAUCUGCUUCCUGGCCUCCAGAGUCUUCGCGCUGGCCUGUCUCUUCCACCUCGGCAUAACGUACGGCAUCUGCGUCUGCGUCGGCGCUUUCAUAGUGUGCAUCAUCUGGUUCCACUUCAUGGAGACGGAAUUCACGGAGAACUGGAAACAGGAACGCUUCUACCACGCUUUGAUGGCGUACCUGCACAUCUUUGGGAUGUUCAACGUCAAGGAUGACCCCGCGAGAUAUCGGUACGCCUUCUACUAUUCCGUAAGCUUUUUCGUGGAGGCCCUCGUGUAUGCGGCGUAUGCGCUGGGCACGGGGCGCACGUUCGUGUGUCUGUUCCCGGGACUGUUCCUGGUCGGCCUCCUGUGCCACGGCCUCGAGCACGAGUGCUUCCAUCCGGGUGGCCGGCUCUACAUGAAACGGGCGCCUGCGGAGUGGGAGAACGUCUGUGAGGAGUGCGCCGCAGAAGCAAGUGAUUCGGCGGCAAAAGAGAGAGUGGUUGCCGCCGAGGCGUUGUAGCGUUUGUGCUUUUCAACUGAGGUCUGAAUGGACUUCAGUCACACUGUUCUGCCGAAAGUCCUCGUUUUCCGAGCGCGUGGUUUUACUAUACGAUACCUACGAAUUACGAUAUUGUUACUAGUUUGAUGUUUUUGCGACAUGUUGGGAAGCGCAUUUCAUUCACUGGCCAUUUUAUCCGUAUGGAUGAGCGUAGGCUAUCGUGAUGUUUGCUGGCAUGCGUUGCAUAUUUUUGUAUUAUUCAUUGGACCUUACCGGACCGGCAUUCAGGUGCUAUCAAGUAUCAAUAUCUCUGAUGGAAGGCCUGGGAUUCGCGUUUGUCUUACUCAAAACCCGAGCUUAUGUGUCGUGCCACCCACCUUGCUUAGUGACAUCCAUUUGUAAGGAAUGGACUGAGGGAACUGUGCUUUCGUGAUCGGUGCUCUUCCAGCGACAGGCGAUCGCUUAGGUUGAUCGCUGCAUGCCUUUUCAUGAAGCUGAAGUGUUUCAUGAAAACCUGCCUCGGGCCCUGCUUGUUGUGUGUCUUUUCUUGCCUUGCAUCUAUGCCUUGCCACAUUUGUGCUGCUAUUGUAGCUAACGUGAUAGUGAUUUAAAGCUUCAAGGGCCAAAAAAUUGUUGUUCAUGAAGUGGCACGUAUCUUUGAUCUCUACUUGUAAUUAAAGCUCUUCGAGUGUCGCUUUGGAAUCGUGUGCUUUGUAAAUCACCAUCUUAAGAGUCAAAUAUUUUUAUAUGGCAUGUAGCAUUGCAUACACCAUGCCUACACAUGACGGAAAUGAUCGAACUGGCUGUUACCGACGACUUUUGGAACAUAAGUGUUCGCUGAAUCAUACCAAAUAUAUAUAUUGAUAUCUUA